UGACCGGUGAUUCCAGUCACUAUGGGGUGAAUGGAUGAAAGUUUCACCUCUUUAUUGUGUCGCGCGUAAAAACGUUCAUUACGCGGAAGUGGAGCGCCGUCAGCAUCCACGGAGGGAAGAUUACAGCUCGACUCGUAGGAGGUUAAAACGAGCCCGGGUUCCAGAAGGCUUCAGGACCCGAGUGACAUCUUCAUUUGAACUUUUCCGUCUUCAAACUUUGAGCGUAUUCGGCUGGAUGAGACGAGCUUUGCGCGCGUGUUGGCGCGUCACCUCUUCAGGUUUACUAAGCCGGAGCACUCGGAGGGAACCCACGCAAAUUCCACUUCAGAAAGGCACCAGAAUGAAUAGAAGAUGUGUGAAGGCAAGAACAAACAAAUGCGUCACGUCUGUCGCGUCCCUGCUGACACUGUGUGUCCUGCUGCUGGUCAGUUUGAAGCUCAGUUACCUCAGAGAACCUUUACCUUCCAGCACAGUUUUAAAUGUCAUUCACACAAUUAACAAGUACGCUAUCAACUGUGCCGCCAUAAAUGAUAUGGACCCGGUGGAGGUGGGUAAAUCCUUGAUCAUCAGGGCGCGACACAUUGUGGAAGACACGGACACAAGCCUGGUGCACCUGACGUCAAACUGCUCCUUAUUCAUCCAGUCCCGAGGUUAUGAUCACGUGUGCCUCUCUAAGGAAGAGAGAAACUUCCCAUUAGCUUAUUCCCUGGUUGUGCACAAAUCAGCGUGGAUGGUCGAGAGACUCAUCAAAGCUUUGUACUCGCCAAGUAAUAUCUACUGUGUUCACUACGACCAAAAGUCUUCAGCCACAUUCAUCUCAGCCAUGGAGGGUUUGGCUCGCUGUCUGCCCAACGUCUUCAUCGCCUCAAAGCUGGAGUCCGUUUUCUACGCGAGCAUCAGUCGCCUGAAAGCUGAUCUCAACUGUUUGUCUGACCUCUUGAAUUCAGAGGUGAAGUGGAAAUAUGUCAUCAAUCUGUGCGGACAAGACUUCCCCCUCAAACCAAACAUCGAGCUGGUGGCUGAACUCCGGAAGUUAAAGGGCGCUAACAUGUUGGAGACCAGCCGUCCGUCCAUGCUGAAGCAGAAGAGAUUCAGGUUCCAUUACGAGCUGAAGAACACCAUCUACGAAUAUCAAAAACUGCCCGUGAGAACUAAGCAGGUCAAGACGUCGCCGCCUCACGGCAUCAAGGUGUUCAUUGGUAAUGCUUACUUUGUGUUAUCACGUGACUUUGUCAAGUACGUUAACUCCUCGGUGGUGGUGGCAGACUUUUUGUCGUGGUCAGAGGACACUUAUUCCCCGGAUGAGCACUUUUGGGCCACGUUGGUGCGGCUGCCGGGCGUACCCGGAAAGGUACCCGCAUCCCAGCCGGAUAUUACUGACCUGAUGAGUAAGACAAGACUGGUGAAGUGGGAAUACCUGGAGGGGGAGCUGUAUCCACCAUGCACAGGGACACAUGUGCGCAGUGUUUGCAUUUAUGGUGCAGCGGAAUUGCGCUGGUUGCGAAACUAUGGUCACUGGUUUGCCAACAAAUUUGACCCCAAAGUGGACCCCAUUAUCAUUCAGUGCCUUGAGGAAAAGCUGCAGGAAAAACAGCGUUUAUUCCAGUCAGCAGCAGGAACAACAUGUGACUAAAACUUUAGUUUACCAAAAGCUGCAAUCCGGUAAUGUCAUGGUUUAUAAUUGCACUAUUUGCAUUAUAGCACAGCAAUAUUUUUGGAAAACCAUCUGUAAGGCAAGAAUUUGUUUUUCUAACAAACCCUGAGUCUUUCUGUCAUUAUUUAUUCGUGUCUUGCUACUAUUAUAAGCAUUUUCACUGUUGAAAUUUCUAUUACAAUCACAAUGGCCUAGAACACCACUGUGAACCAUACAACACAGCGAUGGUGCUUUUCUGAUCACAAACUCACUGUCAUCAUUUUGUGCUACUGUUUGUAUCUUCCUAUCACAUUACUCAGUGGAGUGUAAUACAACCCCAAUUCCAAUGAAGUUGGGACGUUGUGUAAAAUGUAAAU